AUGUCUUCUAGAUCUCACUUGUCGUACGGCGAACGAGCCAAACAACACCCACAUCCGGUUGCUCGAAGGCUGUUCGAAAUUGCACAGGCAAAGGAAACCAAUGUGGUCGUCUCCGCCGAUGUUACAAGGGCAGGCGAGCUUUUGGACCUCGCCGACAGAUUUGGUCCAUACAUUGCUGUGUUAAAGACACAUAUUGAUAUACUUGAUAAUUUCAGCUUGACAGUUCUCGAAGCUUUAAAAGAACUGGCAGUCAAGCACAACUUUCUGAUUUUCGAAGACCGCAAGUUCGUCGAUAUCGGAAAUACAGUUCAAAAGCAGUACCACGGCGGAGCUUUGCAAAUAUCAAGCUGGGCAGAUAUUGUCAACUGCACGAUGCUUCCUGGAGAAGGCAUCGUCCAGGCAUUAACUCAAACAGCGGAAAGGGACGAUUUCCCGUAUAAAGAUCAAAGGGCACUCUUGAUCCUGGCAACCAUGACAAGUAAAGGGUCACUGGCUACGGGAGAGUAUACAAAAGUUUCGGUGGAGUGCGCACGGAAAUACAGUCGGUUUGUCAUCGGAUUUGUGGCAUCUAAGACAUUAGGAGACAUUGAGACGGAAGUUGUUCCAUUGGAGAACGAAGACUUUGUGCUCUUUACUACGGGUGUCAAUAUGGCAUCGAAGGGCGACAAAUUGGGACAACAGUAUCAGACACCGCAAUCAGCUGUAGAAGCGGGAGCUGAUUUCAUCAUUGCAGGGAGAGGAAUAUACGCGGUUCCCGAUCCUGUUGCGUCUGCUAAGGCGUACAAAGAGGAAGGAUGGAAUGCCUAUCUUGGACGGUUGAGCAAAGACUAG